ACCUGUAGUUGUUGGGCUCCACAUCUUGGCACUCUUAGUGUUUUUAUAACAUCAAAAGCCUGAUUUUAUAUUUCUAAUAAUGCAGACUGCAUCUCUCAUACCACUCUCUGUUCCAUUUGUUUCAAAUCAAAAGUGUCCUUACUCUCUUUCACCUGAUCUUGGCCGGUACUGCAUUACUGCCUUGUCAAUGAAGAGGAAGUGUUUGAAAUCCCCGUUUGAAUUUGCUGCAUUGUGCAGCAAGUAUUAGCAUGCAUGCCCCUUUAUACAAGACAACUAUGUCUUCUUUCAAUCUUCUAAAAUAAGCUUUUUGUAUUCUAUGAUAUGUAACCACUGGUGGAGCCGUACAUAUUUGGUUUAUCAAAAAAUUUAUUGUAUUUUAAGAAUUAUGAAAGGUGUUUUAUGAAUUAUGAAGAGCAUGAAAAAUAGCCUCUCUUAAAUUAUUUUCAACAUUACAUUGUUAUUGCUAAGAGAUAAUCAAAUGAAAUUGCUGAUAUUUUAACCAUGGUGGCUUCAUUUUAAUCUUACUCUUAAUUUUUUUUUAUGGCAAUUCACUUGUAUUUCUACUUUGAAUGAUAAUAAAAUGAAAUGAUCUUUCUUUCAUGAAAAAAAGUUGAUUUAUGCGAGUGAGUAAGAUCACCUAAGUAAAAGUGUUUUUUCACUUCAAGUCUUUGAAAAAAAAAACCCAUUUAUAUAUAUGACAACAAAUUAUACCAAAUAUCAAUUUUGAAUAGUGUGAUUUGGUGGCAACAAGAUGAGGUUUAUUUUAUUAGAAAACUUCCUUAUCUUUGUAACACUUUCCAAUACUUCAAUUUUCUUCCUUACGGAAAGUAAAAGCUUCCUUAAUUUACGUUAAGAAUCCAAUUUCUGUCUUCAUCUUGUCUUUUUCUCUUCUAUAUUUUAUACUAUUUGGUUUGAUUCGGUUCCAAAAAUCAUUACAAAGUCUCUUUCUCUUCCUCUUCUGUCAUCUCUGAUAAAGACUUGAAAACCAUCACACACAAUCAGAAUGGCUAAUGUGGUGGAAGUGAAAGUUGGUUUGCACUGCGACGACUGUAUCAAGAAAAUCCUUAAAGCGAUAAAAAGAAUUCAAGAUAUCGAAACGUAUAACGUUGAUACAAAGCUGAACAAGGUUAUCGUUACCGGGGACGUCACGACAGAACAAGUUAUCAAAGUUCUUCACAAAAUUGGAAAGAAUGCAACUCCCUUUCAAGAAGAUGCAGUUUAGCUUUUCUAGUAUAAAGUUUUCCUUCUUUGCAAAAAAAACAUAUUGUACUUAUGAUUUGUCUGUAACUUAAUAAUAACAUGUUUAUUUAUGCUACAUAAUAAUAUUAAUUUAUAUUAUUAAACAUUUUAAAACAGUAUUAAAUUAAUUAAAAAUAUUUGUUUACUCAAUGCCUAACUCAAUGCUCUCUAGUUAUAUUUUUUUGUACAAAAAUAGAGUUUGCAAGAGAGUGAUUGGUUUCUAUAAUAAGAGAAGUUGAAGGUGAACCAUCAAACAUGUUAUUUCCAAAAUACAAGGAAAGCCUCUUAUUCCCUCAUCACUCUUAUAAUCUUUUCUCUUUCACUAUCUUCUUCUCUAGGAAAAUACUGUUGAAACAAUAAAGACAAGUUUCAUUUGCUACAAGUUCAUAUAUAAUACAAAUGGAUGUUAUAAAUUCUACAGUAAUAUGCACACAUCCUUCUGGAAGUUCUCACAGGAGUGUGUGGAUGUUAGGAAACCCACUUAGUUCUCCCACUCCUCUUCUCUUUCUGCAGGUCUCACUUAUUACUGUAGUUACACAACUCAUGGAUGCUUGUCUCAGACCACUAGGACAAACCUCCCUUGUAUCUCAGAUUCUUGGAGGAUUGGUAUUUGGUCCAUCGAUGUUGGGGCACAAAGAGAUGGUGACAAAUAUCUUAUUCCCUAUGAAAGGUUGUCUAAUACUUGACACAGUAGCAACUUUCUGCCUCAAUUUCUUCUACUUCAUAAGUUGUGUAAAGAUGGAUACUGGAACAGUGCUGAAAACGGAAAAACAAGCCAUCACAAUUGGUAUUUCUGUAUUCGCAUUUGCAUUUGCAUUCCCUCUUGGAUUAUCCUUUGCAUUGACCAGUUUUAUUUCCAUGGACAAAACCCUCGCGUCUGCUCUGCCGUUAAUAGCCAUAUCACAAAGCUUUACGGUAUUCAUCAGCAUCUCUGUCCUUCUAACAGAGCUUAAAAUCCUAAACACCAAUGUCGGCCGUCUAGCAUUAUCAUCGGCGAUGUUUACCGAUGUUGUUAGUCUCCCUAUGAUCACACUUAUAUUUGCAGUAUUGCAGGUUAAACAUAGUAAUAAGAGUAUGCUGACACUACUAUGGAUCCUUCUAUCCAUAGCUGUACUCUUGGUUGUUAUCUUCUAUGUAAUAAGGCCGACUAUAAUAUGGUAUGCGGGCCGGUUAAAUGGAAAACCGGUCGACGAAUUCUUCUUUGUCUGUAUCAUUCUGUGUGUUCUCUUCACUUCAUUUUGCAGUGAGUUCAUUGGACAGCACUAUUCUAUGGGACCGAUAUUUUUAGGCUUGGCUGUUCCUGAAGGGCCGCCUGUAGGAUCGACUUUGAUAUCGAAAAUGGAAACGGUUUCUGGUGCUUUUUUGUAUCCAUUAUACCUUGCUGUCAAUGGAUUGCAGACUGAUAUAUUCAAAAUCAACCUUCAGGCUACUUGGAUUGUAACUGCCGUCGUGCUAGUUGGUUUUGUCGCAAAGAUCAUUGCUGUUAUUUUACCAGGUUAUUAUUACAAUGUUCCCAUGAAAGAUUGUCUUGUGAUUGGGCUAGUUCUCAAUGGCAGAGGUAUAGCUGAGCUCUGCAUGUACAAUUUAAUGAAGAACUCCAAGCUAUUAACAGGACAACUGUUCUCUUUAUUGGUGCUGACCCUUAUAGUGAUAAAUGGUAUCAUAGCACCACUGGUAAAAUUCACAUAUAAUUCUUCAUCCGAGUAUCAUUCCGGAAAAAGAAUUUCAAUACAACAUACAAAGCGAGAUUCCGAGCUCCGAAUCAUGGUAUGCUUUAACAAGAAUGAAAACAUACCAACAAUGCUCAACAUCAUAGAAGCAUCUUGUGCAAGCAGAGAGAGCAAUAUUGAAGUUAUAGCACUUCUCCUUGUAGAGCUUCUAGGAAGAUCAAGGCCUCUUCUCGUCGCUCACCAACCGCAUGACACGCUUCCGGUAACCAAUUGUGAUUUAACUCAACUCGACAAUGCAUUGAAGCAAUAUGCACAGCUCAAUGAAGGGUGUGCACGUGUUCAAUCAUUCACAUCAAUCUCCGACUUCGAUACAAUCCACGAGGACGUCUGUCGAAUAUCCUUCGACAGAAGAGCCAACAUUUUGAUCAUGCCAUUCCACAAAAGAUGGGAGAUAGAUGGAACCGUCGAGGUAAAAAAUAGAGGAAUCCAAACAAUAAACACUAACGUCCUCGAAAGAGCGCCUUGUUCAGUCGGAAUCCUCAUCGACCGAGCUAUCUUAAGCGGUUGUCCAUCGCUUUUAAUCGGUAAAUCAACAUACUAUGUAGCAGUACUCUUCAUUGGAGGUGCAGAUGAUGCCGAAGCAUUAGCCUAUGCUAGUAGAAUGGCUAGGCAUGAGUGUGUGAAUGUAACAGUUAUUCGGUUCCUUGUUUUUGGAGAAGAGAAUUCAAAAGACAGAAAAUAUGAAACUGAUCUUGUAGAUGAAUAUAGAUAUCAUAACAAUGGAAAUACAAGGUUUGAGAUAAGUGAAGAAGUUGUGAGAGAUGGAAUGGAAUUUUUUUCUAGUGUAAGAAGAAUGGUAGAUUGUUUUGAUUUAGUUAUGGUAGGGAGGGCACAUCCACAAUCAGUUUUGUUACAUGGACAUGAUCAAUGGAGUGAGUGUCCUGAGUUAGGUGUGGUUGGUGAUAUGUUGGCUACACAGGAUUUUGUGACAAAAGCAUCUGUGUUGGUUGUGCAACAACAAAGAAUGGGAGGGAGAUUCAUUAACCAAAAUGUUAUGCCAAAUCAAAGGGAUCAGCUUGUACAUAACGUUCCAAUGAAUGAACCACCAAUACCUUCUUGUACUAUUUCAAUGGAUAAAUAUGACAGAAAGUAGAUAGGUUUAUUUCAUUAGUGCUAAUUUUUAUUUUAUUUUAUAUUUUUUAGUUCACUCUAUUGAGUUUCCUUAGAAAUUUUUGUUUAUAAAGGCCAAUUGAUGAUUCUUACAUGAGUCAAUUCUAUUUGACUCAUGAGUAACAUUUUAACAUCACUUCAUAAUAUCAAAAGAUUAAAAAGGAUUUAGAUUUUCUGCAGUCAAAAGCGAUUAUGAAUCAUUAAAUCUUUCACAAAUAGUUCAUAUUUUUUCAAAUGUGUGAUUGUGUGAAAAUUUCUGUGCAUGUCUGGCGUAGUAGAUAUAAGUGUCGGCCGGCCCUAUGCAUAUGCAGGGAGAACCACAACACAUGACCUCAAAUAAUUGGAAAGAAUGCAACUUGUUUUGAUGAAGAUGCAUCUUAAUUCCACCAUAAUUGAAUUUUACUACUCCCUCAAAAUAAUUGGAAAGAAUGCAACUUGUUUUGACGAAGAUGCAUCUUAAUUCC